UCUAAGCUGAAUGGAUCAUGGUGUAAGUGGGACAAGUUGAAGAUGGUACGUUAGCUCUUGCUUGCCUUAGCAGUUCCACCAUAAAUACUACUUUCCUGGCCCAAACAACAACUAUGGAGAUUUUGAGAUAAUAUCGCAACUCAGCUUCAAUUUCUAAACUCAUUUCACUGUGAAGAAAUCAACAAUACACAACAGCUGCCCAACAUGAGCUACUCUUUCACCGUUCAGCGUGGAUCCGCGAGUGGAAAGAUUGUGGAAGCCACUUCACAGCGCCAGCUCGGCCGCAAUGAAGCCUAUCUCAAAAUCACACACUCCGGACUAUGUGGGACAGAUGAACACUUCCUGCAUUCCGGCGUAGCUUUGGGCCAUGAAGGCGUGGGCAUCGUCCAGGCUGUCGGCUCAGAUGUUACUGCCGUCAAGGUUGGCGACCGGGUCGGAUUCGGCUGGGUUCACAAGACUUGCGGACACUGUCAACCUCUCUGCCAAGGACUGGAUGUCUAUUGCGAGAACAAGACAGAGUUUGGAAUUCAUGACCACGACGUUGGCUCUUUUGCUAGCCACGCUGUCUGGGAUGCGGACGCGCUCUUCAAGAUCCCUGAUGGUCUUGACAGCGCUUAUGCUGCUCCUCUGAUGUGCGGCGGCGCUACAGUGUGGUCGCCGUUUGCAUUGUACGGCAUCAAGCCUACCGAUCGUGUUGGCAUCGUUGGCAUCGGAGGUCUGGGACACUUGGCCAUCCAAUUUGCCGCCAAGAUUGGAUGCGAGGUAGUCGUGUUCUCAAGCAGCGAAUCCAAGAGAGAAGAUGCAAUGAGGCUGGGUGCAACUGAGUACCACGUUUUGACUGCUGAUUCUCCGCUGGAGGGCAUCAAACAAGUGAACCACAUGCUGCUCUGCGGAAGUGCGCAGCCAGAUUUCAAGCGAAUAAUCCAGCUAACCUCCACGGCUGGCAAGAUUUACGCUCUAAUCGUUAGCUUCGACACAUCUGCUGUUCCCAUGAUGGCUUUGUUGACACGGGGCAUUAGCAUUCAAGGCUCUGCAGGGGCACCCCGCGCCGAAAUCCAGAAAAUGCUGGAUUUUGCUGUCCGAAAUGAUGUCAAGCCCACCAUCAUGAAAUGGCCCCUUACCACGAAAGGCGUGGAAGAUGCAAUGCAGGCUUUGAGAGAGGGGAAGAUGAGGUAUCGCGGUGUCUUAGUGGCAGAGGAAUAAACUUGUC